UUCGUCGAUCGUCGUGUUCCCCAGAACGAAACUAUGGGCAUUCAAAAUGAGCUGAAUGCCGUACACAACUGUCGCAAAUCUCUUCUACAUCUUGCAAUUCUCACGUCCAUGUUCGCUGCCGGCGUUGCUACAGCAACACUCGAUCACAGAAAUCCUCAUCUUCAUCAACUUCCCAUUGUGUCAUCUCCCGAUUCACCACCAGCACCACCGCCUCCCCCAGUUCCGCCCGCAGACGAAGCAACAAUGUCGUCUAACAUCCCGAAGGCCAGCAACGAUCAAAUAAUUGUUGAUAAACACCUCCGUCCAGCCAUACCAUUCUGCAAUGAUAAACAGGAACGCACAAUCGGUCGUAGACUACUGUAUGUGAGUACGCUAGAUGGACGUCUCUCAGCUUUGGACAUCACAAAAGGUGGCAAACUGCGCUGGAGCAUACCCACAGGGCCAGGCCCAUUGAUAUCGUCGAGCAUACAUCGCUUAGAAUUAACAAACAAUGGACAAUUCGUACGCAUGAUACCAUCGCUGAGUGGUGGCAUCUACAAAUUUGAUGGACAAUCAAUUGACCCGAUACCCAUUACCACCGACAACUUGCUAAGUUCUUCGGCCAAGUUUUCUGAUGAUUUGGUAAUUUCUGGAGGAAAAGAAACCCGAACAUAUGGUGUCUCAGCACGUACAGGUCAAAUGAUUUACGAAUGUUCAAUGGAUGGUUGUGCCAACUCCACCGGUCCCGAUCCGAAUAUUAUGGCACCCCUAGAAGAUGAAGAUAAUGAGAAUGACGAUGGAGCAUAUCGUACACCCAACUUUAUGGAUGACCAUGAUCCCUUGGUGGAUGAUGUCAUCGUAAUUCGACGUUUAACACAAACUGUACGUGCGAUUGAGACUCGCACGGGUAUUGAACGUUGGAAUUUUAGUGUGGGCCAACAUGAAUUGGAUUUGGUGCGUUCGGAAGAUUGUCAUGAUCGUAAAUUUAGUGACAUUGACAUGGCCAUGUUGGACUUGGAUAUCAAGGUUAUUGUACCCGAGGGUCUUAUAUGUGCAUUUAGUAAAUUGGAUCCAUCGGUAAUGCUUUGGAAGUAUAAGUUUAAUCAUCCCAUUGUUAGUGCUUGGAAAAUUAGCGCAUCUGAUAAAUUGGAGUCAAUUGAUAUGUUUGGCUCUGCCCAGUGGCUGUGGAAUCGUGAUGAUAAUGUCUAUGAAAUGCCGCCACCCACAAUAAGUCCAUCCAUAUAUGUGGGGAUGUAUGACAAACAAUUGUACAUACAGGAAUCUGUUAGCUUGCGCAAGGAAAUACUUGAUCAAUCCAAUCUAUAUACCCAGAUAAUGGCAGAUUCUCAAAUGCCGAAAAUUCCGUGGAGACCAAUAUCAGCCAGUAGCAACUCCUUGGUCAUAUAUCAAGAAAAUGGCGACAAGGUAAUUGUUCCCGGUGCUGGUGAUACCCAAGACGUGGCUAGCUCCGAGAUUCGUGGCAACGAAUUGGUACCCUAUGAUGAUGAGAUGUUCGCCUUGUCGGCACAAUCUGUUUUGAAUGCUUCGGAAUAUGUUAAUGGCAAUGGUUUCUAUCUGUACACAGAUAAAGAGUUGGAAAAAAGCAAAGACGAUGUUGUCUGCAAUUCGAAUAGUAGUAAACAAAAAGGUGGUUUGCCAGCUAUAAAAGAUGCCGAGGAUAAGGACACCACAUCUUCCAAUAAUACGAAUGAUGAUGAUUUAGGCUUCAAUUUAGAUGAUAUUGAUGCUCCCGUGAGAGUUGUUAUUCUCUCACUGUGGUAUUGGUGGAAAGAAAUUGUGGUCAUUGCCUUCACCUCGGCAAUAUUGAUGAAUCUUUUCAUAGGACAAAGAAACCGUGAACGCCAAAUAGUAGUCAUUGAACGUCAUAUACCAGUGCCUACGGGCAUUGAAGCAACGGAAUCAUCUACGGCUGCACUUUUGGGACCUACCACAAGCACUCCGCAAACCACAACCACUAACACCAAUACCAAUUCUAAGAGCACUAAUGGUGCCCAUCGUUCCUUAUCCGAAUCCACUUCACAUUCUGGCGAACAUUUUACAUCUCGUUUCCAAAGCGAUUUUGAUUUGAUGCAGUGUUUAGGCCGUGGCGGGUUUGGUGUUGUUUUCGAAGCCAAGAACAAAUUGGAUGACUGCAGAUAUGCCAUAAAACGCAUAACACUGCCCAAUAAGGAGGAGUCUCGGGUUCGUGUUAUGCGAGAAGUGAAAACUCUGGCCAAUUGUGAACAUCAAAAUAUCGUUCGUUACUUCCAGUCAUGGGUAGAAAAACCACCACCAGGUUGGCAAGAGGAAGAAGACAGCAAAUGGUUGGCCAACGAGAUGUCAACAUCUAUCCAAAUCGAAACACCAACCGAUACACAUUCCGUUUUCAAACCUACUCCCAUCGAUAAGAAACAACAACUGAAAUCAUGGAUGGAUUCUAUGACCUCCACCGCUUGCAGUUCUGAUCAUGGAUGUGACAACAACCAUUUGAAUGGCCUAGAUGAAGAAGACGAGGAUGAGGAUUCUUGUAUUAUUUUCCGCUCGGAGUCACAAUCGUUGGCCAUGAGGGAAGAGGACAGUGAAAGCGAAAGCGAUGAUGAAAGUUCAACGACAACGAAGAAAAAAUCUCACAAUGGCGCCAUAUCUAUUGAUAUCCACACAAAUUCCACUGAUAUAAGUUUAGACCGAAGGAACAAACGUAACAUUGACUAUUCCCAAUUGUCGGAUUCAUUUCAAAUUGAAUUUAUUGAUUCGACAAAUGGUGAUGAUAAAACUCAGGAUAAUGAUGAUGCAGAUGACGAUGAUAAUGUGUACAAGGCUCGCAAUCGUAAGAAACCCCGACCCAAAGACUUGGCCUUGAAUAUAAGUACGGGAGAGAGUAAUAAUAAUUGUCGCGAACUUUUACAGGCUACGCACACAGCAAAGCCUGUACAAAAUAAAGUAUAUUUAUACAUCCAAAUGCAGCUGUGUCGCAAAGAGUCAUUGAGAGAUUGGCUCCGAGACAAUGUCACCGAGAAUCGCUCGGAAUACAUAGCCAGUAUUUUCCAUCAGAUUGUUGAUGCAGUCGACUAUGUUCACUACAAAGGCCUCAUUCAUCGUGAUCUCAAGCCCAGUAAUAUAUUUUUCUCUCAGGAGGGCCAAAUUAAAAUCGGCGAUUUUGGUCUUGUAACCGAUAUGGCUGAUAUACCAAAUAUGGUAACCAAAUGUGGCGAUAAAACCGGAAUGCCUUCUUGUGCCCGCCACACGCAGCAGGUUGGCACCCAUCUGUAUAUGUCUCCCGAACAGCUGCGAGGACUUCCAUAUGACUUCAAGGUCGAUAUAUACUCAUUAGGUUUGAUAUUUUUCGAACUACUUGUAUAUUUCGGCACCGAAAUGGAGCGUAUAAUGACACUGAGAUCGCUGCGUGAUGGCAUAUAUCCCAAGGAUUUUCCACACAAACAUCCCAAUGAGUAUGAGCUGUUGAAGAAAAUGCUUUCAGCUGAUCCAUCGGAAAGACCAGCAACCCCCGUGUUGAAGGCGAAAUUGAACGAAAUAUUGAAACUACCCGAAAUGCCUGGAGAUAGUGAAGCAGCUGCCAUAGUGGCAGCCGCACGGCGUUUAAGUCGUUCACGUACUUUUAGUAGUUCGGAAUAAGUUAAAA